AAAUUGUAAGCACUUAUCCCAUCGUUCCUAAAUAUCCACCAUCCAGUUACACUUUCAGUGAAAAAAAGGGAGCUGUUAUUACUAAAAACAUGGGAGAAAAACCAGAGCACCACCUUUGCUCGAGUUUCUGUCUUCCACUGCUACGAAUUAUAGUUACUCUUAAUUUUAAAAUUAUUAUAGCAGCUGCAAUUUAGUCCUUCGUAAGAUGUUGAAACACUUAUAUCCAUCUUUUUGUCAAAAUUUUGACAUAAACAUGCUAACACGCCAAAUUGUGUGGAUCCAUGAUGAGCUUUAACCUUGCCUCAUGGAGAACAACCCAUCUUAUUGGUCUUGUUCAAUAAGGAACCACAUUCGGCAAGGAUCACUGAGAUGUGCCCUUCUUGCGUAUAAACAAACCCGGCACGUAGGAUUAUACGACUCCAGUGUGGUCCCUCUGUUACUCAAGGCAUGCGCUUUUCUUCCCUUUCUUCACUACGUGAAGACCUUGCAUGCAGAGUCCAUCAAGGCUGGUUCAGGGAGCGACGUGAUCAUUGGAACCGCAUUGCUUACAAGUUAUUGCAAAUGUGACGCUACCAGAGAUGCACGGAAACUGUUCGAUACAAUGCCGGAAAGAAAUGUUGUGACUUCGAAUGCCAUGAUCAGUGGGUACUUGAGAAAUGGAGACACAGGAUCUGCUUCUCUUGUAUUUGAGGAGAUGCAAGGGAAAACUCAAGUGACUUGGAGUCAGAUGAUUGGUGGGUUUGCUAGGAAUGGAGAUAUUGUCACCGCUCGGAGGUUGUUUGAUGAGGUUCCUCGUGAGUUGAAGGAUGUGUUAAUAUGGACUGUGAUGGUUGAUGGGUAUGCUAGAAUAGGAGAGAUGGAAGCUGCCAGGGGGAUCUUUGAGUUGAUGCCUGAAAGGAAUUGCUUUGUGUGGUCGUCUAUGCUUUAUGGGUACUGCAAGAAGGGCAAUAUUGCUGAGGCUGAGGCGGUUUUCAGCCGGGUUCUGGUCCGGAAUUUGGAGAUUUGGAAUUCCAUGAUUGCUGGCUAUGUGCAGAAUGGAUUUUGUGAGAAAGCACUGCAAGCUUUUGAGGGAAUGGUAGCUGAAGGGUUUGAACCGGAUGAGUUCACUGUUGUUAGUGUUUUAUCUGCCUGUGCGCAGCUGGGGAGCCUGGAUGUUGGUAAGCAAAUCCAUCACAUGAUAGAACAUAGAGGGAUAGCUGUGAACCCGUUUGUUUUGAGUGGAUUGAUUGACAUGUAUGCGAAAUGUGGUGACUUGGUCAAUGCAAGGUUGGUGUUUGAAGGAUUCAAUGAGAGGAACAUCAUCUGCUGGAAUGCUAUGAUUUCAGGUUUUGCCAUCAAUGGAAAAUGCAGAGAGGUUCUUGAGUUUUUUGGCAGGAUGGAGGACUCAAAUAUAAGGCCUGAUGGUAUCACCUUUCUUACUGUGCUUUCAGCGUGUGCUCAUGGGGGUUUGGUCCGUGAAGCUUUUGAAGUAAUAUCCAAAAUGGAGGGAUAUGCAAUUGAAAUAGGAAUCAAGCAUUAUGGAUGCAUGGUUGACCUCUUGGGAAGAGCAGGGAGAUUAAAAGAUGCUUAUGACUUGAUGGUAAGAAUGCCAGUGAAACCUAACGACAUAGUUUUAGGGGCAAUGCUUGGUGCAUGCCGUAUUCAUUCAGAUGUAAACAUGGCAGAACAAGUAAUGAAGUUGAUCCAUGAAGACUCUGUUACAGGUGCUAAUUCUCACAAUGUGCUUUUGUCCAAUAUUUAUGCAACUUCCGAAAAAUGGGAGAAAGCUGAAAGGAUGAGGAGAAUCAUGGUAGAUGGAGGAUCUCAAAAGAUACCUGGGUGUAGUUCAAUCAUCUUUAGUGACUAUUGCGGAUUGAAGUGAGGAAGCCCCACAUUGAAAUGAACGGCCUAAGUGCAAUCUAAAAAGGAGAAAUACCAAAAUAAGACUGGCCUACUGGCAAUAAUGAUGCAAAGUGCUUUGGUACUGUGAGCCCCGCGCCAAGAUCAAUCCGUGGUUUCUGCCUCCAUUAUGAGAUAAUAUUUCAACAGAUUUGUAUUAGUGAAGCUACUCGAUUUGUGCUUAUUAUCAAGGAGUUGUCUGAGAAAGGAUGAAAGAAUUGCGCUUUACUAAUACAUCACUGAUUCAUUCUGUUGGUGGUCCUUCAUUGAUAGAUCAUUCAUAAAUAUUAUGAUAAGCCCCUACUAAGACAUGUGCCAAUGCCCUGACAUAGGAUUAGAAGUCUUAGAUAUAUUGUGCUUUAUGUUAAGUAGAGAAAUAUAAUUCCUAUAUUAAUUAUGUUAUUUUAACAUAUUGAUUUGUAUUUAGAUUUAGCCUACAUUCUCA